CAGCCAAGACCGAGGACCCCCGAUGAUCCGAUAGCCACGUUAGUUAGCAGACUGUCAGAUCCCUAAGAGAGUUCUGAGCUCAGGGCCGAGGUGGAGGCAACUCCUCCAGGCUGGGGGUGGGGUGUGUGUGUGGGAUUAGCAAAGGCCCUGUCAAGCCGGAUAAGGCUGUGACCUGGAUCAUUCCGGACUCUAAGCCACCCCCGCUGGAAUUCUCUGGGUGACCGCCCAGGCCCCUCUGGUAGGACCGCCAGCCUCAGGCUCCGGGUUUUUGCUGGACUUCCUGCAUCUGUGGAGGCAGUUGGGGGUGAGCAGGGGAAUGUCCCGCUGGGUGCAGGUGUGAGUUUCUCUCAACACCCCCAGGCCUGUCUUCAUUUGCUCCCACUCAUGCCUUCAAGAUUCUGGAGAGGAAGAGUCCAAGAGAAGAGUUGAAGAGUCAGCCUGUGGGCCUCAAUGUUGUGGCUGGGGGCAGGGAGCCAGCAGAGCCGGGAGCCCGAUGAGAGCAGGCCCGGCCGCAGGAGCAGGAGCGGAGGCCGGGCCGGGAAGAACCCCAGAGAUGAAAGGCCUUCUCACGCUGGCUUGGUUCCUGGCUUGUAGUGUGCCUGCUGUGCCAGGGGGCUUGCUGGACCUCAAGUCCAUGAUUGAGAAGGUGACCGGAAAGAACGCCCUUACGAACUACGGCUUCUACGGCUGUUACUGUGGUUGGGGCGGUCGGGGGACCCCCAAGGAUGGCACCGAUUGGUGCUGCUGGGUGCAUGAUCACUGCUACGGGCGGCUGGAGGAGAAAGGCUGCCACAUCCGGACACAGUCAUACAAAUACAGAUUUGCACGGGGACUGGUCACCUGCGAGCUCGGGCCCCUCUGCCAAGUGCAGCUCUGUGCCUGUGACCGGAAGCUCGUCUACUGCCUGAAGAGGAAUCUGAGGAGCUAUAAUCCUCGUUACCGAUACUUUCCCAACAUCCUCUGCUUCUAGUGGCCCUCAGUGAGCUCCUUGCUCCCUUCUCCUCCCACACGGAGCUCACCGACUCCCCUGGGUUCCCGAGAGAGGCUCGCAGUCCUGGACCUCCUUCUCUCUCCAUGGUCCACGGGGCUUGGCGGAGCCCCACGGCCACACUCCACGCUCCAGAGAGUCCCAGGAGAAUGACUCUAGUCCCAGGACCCCGCAAGGUCCACUUGUGAGGUGGGCUCGCCCCAAGCUCCAGGCCGGCUGUCUUCCCGCUUGCCCUGAAGACAGCGCCCCUUCUCCAGGAAGAUACAUUUACUUUGCAGUUUCUGUAGUCGGACUAUCACUACCACCCUCUAGAGAAUUUUUACUCAAGGUAGAAGCAAAAUUGACCCCCUAAUUCUGCCAUAGAGAUGUUUGAAAACAUUAUUCUUUACAAAGAUUUUUUAAUGUUUGUUUAUUUGGGGGGGUUGGGAGAGAGAGAGAGAGAAUGAGCGGGAGAGGGGGAGAGAGAGAAAAAGAGGGAGACACAGAAUCCAAAGCAGGCUCCAGGCUCCGAGCUCUCAGCACAAAGCCCAACGCGGGGCUCGAACUCACAAACCACGAGAUCAUGACCUAAGCCAAAGUCGGAUGCUUAACCAACUGAGCCACGCAGGCACCCCUAAAUAAAAUUUAUUCUUAAGACAAAUUAAACCACAUGGGCAUUUUCCUCUGCCCUGGAAACUCUCUGCCGCUGGGACACUCAACUCAAAGUUCACCACAGACUCUCAGGAACAGAAGGUUUUCUGGGAUAAGAUCCAAGCCUUUUUUGGGGUUCAUCUCGUUAAACCUUGGGGUUCCUCCCUGGCCAAGCACUGGGUGUCUGUUUUCCUUGAGGAGGUGGGGAAAAGAUAACUGGCGAUCAUGCCAGGCCAGAGAGGGCCACAUGCAAAUCGCAGCAUUGGCUUCUCCAGCUGUGUGGUCUCAGGCUUGUUACCGAACCUCUCUGAUUUCU